AUUUUCCUUAAGAUUUUAUAUGAGUCAAUCAUAUAAAAAUAAUAUCCCUCAAUCACCACUUAUGGCCUCCUAGGUGUGUAGCAUGUCUAUCUGCAGAGACCUUGCUAAUUUGUCUUGUUGUUUUGCUGUGUUCAUGAUGUUUGUGGGCAUCAUGGAAGCGUUUUUAUGGAGAAAAUUUGGUGUCUAAUGACUACUGCAGAGUCACUAGACACCAGAAUGAACGUAGAUUAUGACCUUUCCUGUUGAAGUCAAAAGCCAGAUGUUUGCGGGAUUCAAGUCAAGUGUAAAGGGGGUAUUAAAGGGUUAUGCCACCAGUUUACAUACAUCAAAGUGUAUUGACAGAUCUUGGGGAUUGCAGCGUAUGUCAAAAAAGUAGUAAAAAACCUUUUUGGGCUAUGAAUAAAUUUUUCACCUUUCAUCGAUGCUGUUGGAAUGUUGCUCAUUGAAACACUAUAUCUAGCCCCUAAAGCACAUGUCGUUGAAAUCUGUCACACUAAAGCUGGUUUGACCUAAAAACAUGUGGACAAUGGAAAAGAUAAAUAUGAAGAAUAGCUGCAGAAAAUGAAACUGAAACAUCCGACAAACUACAGACACUACGAUCUCCCCCUCAACAGAAAGUGUUGACUCCCUGACAGAUUUACGAUAAGACAGUGAUGUGUUCACUAAACACUUUGAAAACAUGUUACACACACAGCCUUGAGAGGAUAACACAGUGAGCUGUGAUGGGAAACUGCUCCCUCUCAUCCUCCUUUUUCUAGUUAUUCACAAUCUGCAGACUGUGUUUCUAAGAACUGGCGAGGGACACGUCAGGCAUUUGACCAAAGGUUUAUAUAAGAAGCUCAAAGUUAGAGUUUUCCUUUAUAUUUUUGUGUACCAGCAAAAGUCUUUGCACACAGCUUUAGGAUCAUCUGAAGUAAAAGAAAAGCCCUUAGUCAUAGCCUGGCCUGAACAAACCGGUUCUGCUGCUGGGACUUCGAGCUGUAUUGACCUUAGGGAGAAAACUGGACUGCACUGGAAGCUUUUAGCUUGUUUGAUCAUUUACAGGACAUACUGUUUCUUUUCCUGUUCUGUGGCACUAAAUUAUGAAAAAGUUAAAAACUGACAGCGUCUCUUACAUAAGGAAAGUGUAAGCAUGAAUAACUUUCUCCAAAUCUGCAAAUGAAAGGAAAUCACUUUACAGUAUUUUACAGUUUUUUAUGUUGUGUGCACACGAUCUGAAAAAAGGAUUUGACUGAUCCUUAAAUCUCCUUUAAAACUCAAUCAAUUCAAGUCAGUAGAGUUCAUGAGAGUUAUAUGGCAAUACAUGUUGUGUUGGGAAUAAUUCUUCUUGUUAUAUUUCUGUAGGAGUUUUGCGUUGAAGCCCACUCCACAGUUUUGAGCGCGUUCAGCUCCAGGUUGUUCUGACCUUGUCAGCUCGUCAACCCAUCGGUGCCAAAAAAAUAGUUAUUUUGUCUGGGCUUAAGCCCUACUUCUGACAAUUAACCGCAGGGUUGCGCGUUGGUGUAGGAGACAUUCCAUGGCCUGUUUGUGUGAACUAACUAACUCCAGGAGAUUCCAGAAGAUGAAAACACUUUUCCAGCCACCAUUGAAAAACAGAAGAAAAAAACAGAAUGGUUACUGUCUGGGAUGAGGCAGACGACCGCUGUGGUGUCUUCAAACUUCAGGAGCUAAACAGAUGGGACAGUUGAGCUGAUGUCUUGUAUUUCCCAUGUGAUACAUUUGAAGACCACAUAUGAAAUGUGAAACGUUUGUCUCAUGUGAUAAACAUAAACACAGUUUUUUUUAGUAACAACUUUUUAAAUCAUGCUGUGUUUUUUCAGAGCUUUGGUUUUGUCUCAACAUCUCACCAGGACAUUUUGUUGAAUAUAGUGUCAACAAUCAGUAACCUUUUUAAAGGACACAAUGUUUAUCCCUGCCCUGUUCUUUGUCCAUUUCUGACCUCAUGAGGAGUUGUGACAUGGAGGAGGAGGAAAGGUCAAUCUCUGUUGUCUUGCUGGGGAUAAAGGAGGUGUGAAGCCCCACAGAGAUCCUGCAGAGAGAGGCUUGGCAUUGCUGCAACAGGAGUAUAAACGGCAUUUGUAUACAGAGAGACUAAAUACAUCUACUUAUUGCAGUUUUUAUAGUUGGGAGGAUUGUAUCUGUAGUUGUAUUUAGAGGAACAGAAGUUAUUGGUACGUAUUGGUGUAAUAUACAUGUUGUUCUUUAAUACUAUUGUAAUAACAGUAACAUAUGUUAGCCACACUAAAUAGAUUGAGGAAUCGACUGUAAGUGUAAAGUACAACAAAACGUUGAAUAAGAUAAAGUAGAAUAGAGUCCAGUAAAAUGCAGGACUACGAGGUGUCGGUGGCGUUCCUGGGGACCUGGGGCCCGUUCCAGAGGAGAGUCUUCUUCCUGCUCUGUGUCACCUGCGUUCCAUUCGGAUAUCAAACCCUGUCUGUGAUUUUCCUGCUGGCCAGUCCCUCACACCACUGCCACAUCCCAGCCUACAGCAACCUGAGCCAGGACUGGAUCCAGGCGAGCAUCCCCACACAGGUGGCAGAGCAGCCAGAGAGGAGCAGUUGUAGCCGGUACAUGCUGGACCAGGUGCAAAAUCUGUCUACACUUGGAAGUCUGGAAUUGGUCCACAACCUGUCCGCACUUGGAUCGAUUCCAGAGAUCCUCCUCUCCAGUCUGAAGCAGGAGGGCUGUAAAGAUGGAUGGAACUACAGUACCGAGUACUACCAUUCCACUGUAGUGACUGAGUUUAACCUGGUGUGCAGCGACCAGUGGAAACAGCCUCUGACCUCUCUCGUCUUCUUUCUCGGAGGGCUGAGCGGAUGCUUCAUCUCCGGACGGAUCUCCGACCGGUUUGGCAGGAAGCCCGUACUGUUUGGCUCUGUUGCUCUUGUAAGUGUCUUCAGCGGCGCCCAGGCCUUCGCUCCUUCCUGGCCGGUCUUUACCGCGCUCUACUUCAUGAUUGGCCUGGGCCAGCUCUCCGGCUACGUAGCUGUGUUUGUAUUAGGUUCGGAGACCCUGACCGGUUCGACCAGAGUUUUCUUUUCUAACCUGGCCUUGCCUUUUGUCUACGUGUUUGCUAUUAUGCUGCUGCCUGCUACUGCCUACCUGGUCAGGGAAUGGAGAUAUCUGUCACUGAUCAUGGCUGUGCCAGGCCUGGCCUGUAUCCCUCUCUGGUGGCUGGUUCCAGAGUCUUCACGUUGGUUGGUGUCUCGUGGCCGUUUGCAGGAUGCAGAAACCCUGCUGAGGUCAGCAGCUCUGGAGAAUCAAGUGGAAGCUCCACGUGUCAUCUUCCUCUCAAGCAAUGUUGAAAGAGCAACAAGCGAGAAGGAUGAGUCCCUCAGCUUCCUGGACCUGCUGAGGACCGCAAACAUUCGAUACAUCACACUUAUGCUGUGGCUCAUCUGGUUUUCUUGCGGCAUAAACUAUUUUGGACUGUCAUUCAACAUGUCUAUUCUCUCUGGCAACCCCUACCUAAACUACUUCCUGAUGACAGUCGUUGAGCUCCCAGCGUACGCUGCCAGCUGGCUGGCGGCACGCAGUUUUCCUCGUCGCCUGUCGUUUAUCAGCCUCGCCCUGCUGGGGGCACUAGCUCUGCUCCUCAUCCAGAUAACUCUGCAUGGUCAUCCAGCUUUCACCCUGUCACUGGUGCUGCUGAGCAAAUUUGGUAUCGUGGCCAGCACUGGGCUGUUGUACGUAUUCACCGGUGAGCUGUUUCCCACAGUCAUCAGGAACACAGCAAUGUCAUCUUCUGCCAUGUUCUCCAGAGUGGGGUCCUCUGUUUCUUCAUACCUGCUGCAGCUGGCUGUAUUGAGUGAGUUCCUGCCGUGGAUCAUCGUGGGUUCUCUGUCACUCUUCAGUGUUCUGCUCUGCCUCUUCCUGCCUGAGACCCUCAGACAGCCGCUGCCCGACACCAUCCAGCAGAUGGGGCUCGUACAAUGGUUCAGGUGGCCACGGGCCUCCACGCCACUUCCAAACAAAUCAGCGAAAGACCAGAUUUCUGCACCCGAGAUCAUCUGUACAACUCAUCUAUAAGACUCCUGACGGACAACAAAGUGAAAAAACAAACUAUGGACGACUUAAACGCUGCCUUAAAGAACACAAUUUAUUAUCCCAAAAUGGGAUUUUAUUUUAUUUCGACAGGAUUGUGUUGUUGUUAAUGGCUUCAGAGAACUCCCAGAGGACCUGUGGAUCCUCCAAUGAUGCAUUCACUGACACCCUAGGAAUAGUCACAACCGCUUAUUGCAUUUCCAUUUAGCGUGAAAAAAAAGAUCUGUUGCAAAUUUUUGCUAACAGAUAUGGACUCGUAUGAAGGCUGUGUUUUUUCAUUAUAACUGAAGGAGAAACUGAAGUCAGUGUAGCUUUUAAAGGGCCUUUUAAAAUCACACAGCACUUUACUUCGCUUGCUGUAGGUGUAGUUUACUGGGUUUCCUCCCAUGGAUUAAAAAGAAUGGAUGUUAGAGAAGAUAAAAAUGACAUUCCAAUCAGUCUCGGCAUGCAUAUGAUGAAUAUGAUGGAUAUGAAAAAAAAAAUGUAAUGUAAAAUAUGAGUGGAAGGAGAGAAAUCAUUAACCAAUUUUCUGUACAGUCUUCAUUAGAGCAUUUUUUUAACUACUGUAGCAGCAGGAGCAAUGCUAAAUUGUAAGACUCAGAGUUGGCAAUACAGACAUUUUUUUUUGUUAUGUAUAUAAAUAAUGUAUUGUUCAUUUUCUUCCAAUACAAGGAAUAAAAAUAUCAAUGUGUACAUAA